AUGAACACUGAUCAAAUCGAUAACAUUCUUCGGUGGCUGGGAAGUGACGAUAAGCAAACACUCAAACUAAAUCCACUUUUAUUCCUCCAUAAAAACAUCUUCUUCCUUCCUCCUAACCUCCUCAAUUACUUCCACAGUGUAACAACUCCCAAGCAACGCACUAACAUCCCAAUCAUAAAGAAGCGUCGCUUAAAUUGGGCAAAAUCACAGCAGCAGCAAUCCAAAGAUACUUUCACUACUCAAGCAGGGCGUUUCAGAGAUCCUUCCAAUUUCGAAGAAACUGUUCAACGCGAUAGUCUGGGCAACCAUCCCAGCUUCAAAUAUGCACACGACGCUGGUCUCAAUGAAUCGCAGUGGCUGUCAAACAAUUCUAUGAUGUCAAAACACGCUAAACUCGGCAAACUUGCUGGUCUACUAUCCGAGUAUGAAUCAGAGAGAGAUAGCAGAUCGUACACGCAGUCUAAAAUUGCUGCUUUACGUAAAAAUAAUUCUGGAUCACUCGGUAGAUCUGUCUUUGAUGGUGAUGAUGGUCAUGUCGAUCAUCUCGGUGAGCUCACUGGGAAGGAGUCCUUCGAGAGACUCCUCCUCGAGAAUUGGAUUGAUGGCGUAGAUGAUUUACUCGAUUAUAGCGUCGAUUUCGACGAUUCUUACGACUCUCUCUCUCUAAAUAACCCCACUGAGCUCGAUGAGGAUUUACAGCAGUCAAAAUACUUUGACGAUAGCGAUAGCGAUUGCAAUUGA